GUGAGUGCAAGUCCUUGACAGUGCAAUUUGCUCCAUUUUGUAGUUAUGAUGUUAAUAUUCAUCGGGAUAUAAUUCUUGUUAUACUUUCUUUCCGGUGUUGAAUGAUAUAUUUCCACACCUCAGCUCUCACUUGCUCUCUAAUCUCUCUCUGUCUGUGUCCACCACAACCUUCUUGUUGUUAGCAUCUCUUCUUUUUCUCUUUCAGCAGUUUCAUAGGCGGGUGACCCUGCCAUCCUCUGCACUCUGCAGCAAAUUGAUGUCCUGCAAUGGUAUGGCGUCGUCAUCCUCUUCCUUCUUCUCCCCAAAUUAUGUGAUACAUGUGCAAACUCCUCAUGAGGAAGAACACCAACUCUCCUCUGCGGUUGCCGCCCUCCUUCACAACACCCCAUGCAACAGUCUCCAAGACCUCAGAGUCAUGGCUCCGAUGAUAGGGAAGAGAUCUCUGUCCUUCUCGGGGGUCGAGAACGGCGAUGAGAUGCACGCCGAUGAUGACUUCUCGGAUGACGGCAUGCAGACAGGCGAGAAGAAGAGGAGGCUCACCGUGGAGCAGGUGAGGACACUAGAGAAGAACUUCGAGCAGGGGAACAAGCUGGAGCCCGAGAGAAAGAUGCAGCUGGCCCGAGCCCUGGGGCUGCAGCCAAGGCAGGUGGCCAUCUGGUUCCAGAACAGGAGGGCCAGGUGGAAGACGAAGCAACUGGAGAAGGAUUACGAUGUCCUGAAGAGACAGUUCGAGGCCAUGAAAUCGGAGAAUGAGGCUCUGCGCGCACAGAACCAGAAGCUCCACGCUGAGAUAUCGGCGCUCAAAGGCAGAGAGGCACCGGAGCUGAUCAACCUCAACAAAGAAACCGAAGGUUCAUGCAGCAACAGAAGUGAGAAUAGCUCCGAGAUCAACUUAGAUAUCUCGAGAACAUCGGUCACCGAGAGCCCCUUGAAUCCUCACCAAAGCCUACCUUUCAUUCACUCCAUCAGGCCAGCCGACAUGGACCAGCUCCUUCAGAGUUCUUCCAGGCCAGAGAUGCAAUCCCCCAAGAUCGAGACCGGCGCCACGGAGGGAAGCUUCAGCAACCUGUUGUGCGGCAUGGAAGACCAAUCCGCCUCCUUCUGGCCAUGGUCAGAUCACCCCAACUUCCAUUAGCUCGUCUGUUCGAUCGACUCCUCAUCGCUGUCCACAUGGUUGCUGAAAUGUGAGAAUUAUGCUGCAUUAGCAGCAUUUGAAUUUGAA